GAUUCAUAUCUCCGAGGCUGAGACUUGUGUUCUGGACUUAAUUGGCUGGGCUAGACAGGGAAGCAGGACCAAUCAGAGCUCUAGAUUGCUCGCAAGUAUUUUGUGCGUCACUGUUUCGAUCGAUAAUAGGCUGCUCUCUAAUAGGCGGAUCACACGUUAUAACAAUUGGCGACGGGGUAGAAAAAAAUUUCUGAACCCUCAAUCUUCAACGUUGACCUGUAAUUGGACGAGAUUCAGUCUAAUUAUUUCGAGUAAUCAGCAUUCAGUUUUGUCAUCGGCGUCCUUGAAAGACAUUGGUCGUUAAUUAAUCAUACAACAUUUCUCAUCACCGUGCUGAUUCAAAAAAAUGGCUAUCUGUCCCGAUCAAUUACAAUUGCUAUUUGAGCGACAAACGCAGCGGUUCAAAAAUAGCCAGCUGAAUGUUUUAGACAAUUUACGUACACGGCUGCUAAAUCACCCAUGUUUUGGAGAUGUUACAGAAGUUGAUAAAUUAAUUUCUAAUUUGCAUACGGAGCUGGAAACGGAAUGCAGUACAUAUGAAUGUGCUGAUAAAAGCCUCUAUGAAUCCUUGAUGAGCAGUAAUGUAAGUGAAACAGUCAUUCACGAUGCGCCCAGUGAUCCAGUAAUGUCCAUUUCAGAGACAUGCCCUGUCGUGGGUUCAAAUCCCACUGCCCUUGAAGCACCAUGUACAAACAGCUCGCAGAAAGUCGACGUCUUAUUAAACGAUCAUGAAAUUCCUGCAGUACCCGCUCACGAAGAGACAGAAAUUGAGUCAAGCAUCAUAAUGACGACAGUUGCAUCAAAUAGAGUUUAUCAUUCCAGAACAAAAGUUCCUGAUGAAUCUACUCAUUGGAGUUUUCUAGUUUUAUCAAAUAUGAAUUAUCUCAAUGACUCCUAUGCUUUUGAUGAAAUUUACAAAAUUGAGAAAAAUUUGUCCAGUGCUUCAAACGAUGAUCAAGAACCUAAUAAAAUUUUGAUAGAUGCUGAUUAUUCUAGUGAUCGACUAUCUACUGAUGAGCUUCUCCAGAAAUCCGAUGACAAUGUUCCAGAAGAAUCAAACUUUGAUGACUUCAUAUCAAGCGACGUUGAUCCUCACCAUUUAAUCAACUUUAGAAAAUUUUCUGCUCAAUGUGACAAAUACUAUUUAAAUAAAGUCAAAUUAAUGGUAGCUUGGGUAUAUGAGGAUCCAACACUGUUUCGUGGGGGAGGAUGAACUCGGAAAAUUUAAAAUCCGGAUAUCGACUCCGGAUCUCUUUCAAAAAGGGGAGGUGUUGUAUCCCGAUAAGAAUAUUGAAUGGUAAUUCUUGGGAUCCAAUUAUGGACCGAUAUUAUGAGUAUAUUUUUACCGUAUAAUUGUCACGUAACUAGUCUGUUCAUAUCCAUGUCCCUCUUAUUAUGAGUUUUAUUUCGACCUAGGAACUAUCAUUGUACGACUUACCAUUCUUGAGUUAUGCCCUAUCUAUUGAUUCCUAUCUCCCUCAUUCACAGCCACAUCUGGCUAAUUAUUGUACGAAUGUUGUUUCAUAUUUUAUUGGUACGUUGUGGUCUGUUUGAUCGGUAUAUAAACCGAGUGUGUUUGAAAUAUAAUGAUUCAUAUCUCCGAGGCUGA